AUGGAACGUCCUCAGGAGAAAAGCGAAGUCAUGGACGAGUCUCUGCCUGACCGGUUUAGCUUGUUCUCGUCUAAGACGAAAGAGGUCAUCACCUCGUCGAAAUGGGACACUCUCUUCCAAGACGGAGAAAACGAUCUUAUGACCCAGGAGAGGCACAAGGGUCGUCCAGAUCCCAACCAGCCCAUCUGGUGGAUCGACAUCCGUGAUGCCAACGAGGAAGACGUUGAUGUCGUCGCCCAAGCGUUGUCCAUCCACCCCUUGACGGCUGAGGAUAUAGCCAUCCGCGAGCCACGGGAGAAAGUCGACGUGUUCAAGAAUUACUACUUGAUUUCAUUCCAGACAUUGGUUGACAACGCGGCUCAACAGGAAAGACCUGGUAUUCCCGUCUCCGCUGCCUUAUACAUCCUCGUCUUCCAGUAUGGUGUCGUCACUUUCUCACCUAGUGGAUGUGGACAUGUCACUCGGGCGCGAGAACGUAUUCGCAAGAUGCACGAUCCAUCCAUUCUGACGAGCGACUGGGUCUGUUAUGCAAUGAUCGACGAUAUAAUCGACAGCUUUGAACCCAUGACCCGGGCCGCAGAAGCCGAAUCAGAAGCUAUCGAAGACCAAGUGUUCAUCGCACGCAUCGACGACGCAAAAGAACUAAUCCCACAAGUCGACUCCCUCCGCAAGAAAAUAACCCACAUCAUCCGCUGUCUGCACGGCAAAGUCGACGUCCUAAGUGGCUUCGUCAAGCGCUGUCAGUCACCCGACAAGCACCCCGUGUUCCCGGAUGGAGACCUGCUCUUGUACCUCGGCGAUGUGCAGGACCAUCUUGUCACGACGUUGUCUACGCUUGGACAUAUUGAUGAGAUCAUUGGUCGGUCCCAGGCAAAUUGUUUGGCGCAGCUGAGUGCUACCAACCUGCGACUCAGUUUGACUAUUAAUUCGGGGUUGAGUAAGGUUACGCUUCUUGCUACUGUGUUCGUGCCGUGUCAUUUGAUUACGGGGAUGUGGGGGAUGAAUGUUGAGGUUCCAGGCCAGAAUGACGGGGGACUUGGGUGGUUUUUUGGUAUUGUUGGUUGUUUUGCUGCUUUUAUGGUUGUUUGCGCUGCUAUGGCUUGGAAGUAUAAACUUUUGUAG